AUGGCAGAUUUGAGUGUUGAUGAUGCCAAGAUGGCAAGGGCACUUAAAAGGCAACCAGAUUGGGUGUUACAGAAACUAGGAAUAGAUAAAUAUAAUAUUUCAAGCUCAAAAAAAAACAAAGCAGGAGAAGAGAGAGGUGAAACAAGCAGACACGUAGUUCCAAAAUAUAGUCCCCCUCACAUGAGGAGAAUGGACCAGCCUUUUGUAACCUAUGACAACCCAUUGGUGAAUGAGAAUAGAAAAUGGAGGGAUGUGCAUAGGGAUCCAAAUGAAGAGAGGCCGGAGGAUGAAAGAAGGAAUGGAGAUAGGGGAGAUGAUGGGACUUGGAAUAACACAAGUAGGGGUAACCAUGUAGGAAAUAAUGGGUUUGGCAGCGGUCAAAAUAAUAGACAUAAUAGAGGCAACAAUGACAAUUAUGGAAAUGGCAAUAGUGGAAGUAUGAAUAAUAAUAAUGGUGGCAUAAAUAAUGGGAAUAAUGGAAAUUAUGGCAACAAUGAACAGUGCAUGAUUUCCCAGGGCUUGAUAGAAGAAGGAGAUAAAAAUGAAGAUUAUGAACCAACUGCUAAUGCCUUCUCAUCUGAUCUAUAUUGGGGAAAAAAUGAGGAUUUAUCUGAAGAAGAAGAAUAUUCUGAUGUGCAUCAAGGAAGAGAAAAUUUGCAAUACGAUAUACAUCAGGUUUUUUCCGAUGACGAUGAAGAUAUCCCGGCUUUGAGAAAACUGUUUCAAGAAGAAGCAGUGCCUUCUUUGAGAAACCUGACUUGA